GUUGUUCUCUCUCUGGAACACGGGCUGUGGGCUCCAAACCUUCAUUUCAAUACCCCAAAUCCGGAUAUUCCUGCCUUACAAGAUGGCUCUUUGCAGGUGGUUUGUGAACCAAUACCAGUGAAAGGUGGCCUUGUCAGUAUCAAUUCUUUUGGCUUUGGAGGUUCUAAUGCUCAUGUCAUUCUGAGGCCAAAUGAGAAGAAACACCAGCCUCUGGAGACUUGUACAUUGCCACGACUGGUCCAGAUCUGUGGCAGAACACAGGAAGCUGUGGAAGUACUUAUUCAAGAGAGCAGAAAGCAUGGAGGAUGCAGCCCAUUUCUAAGUCUUCUUAGUGAUAUCUCUGCGAUUCCUGUGUCUUCCAUGCCUUACAGAGGCUACACAAUAGUUGGCAGUGAGACUGAAGUAAAAGAGGUCCAGCAAGUUCAAGCAUCUGUUAGACCACUUUGGUACAUCUGCUCAGGCAUGGGAACACAGUGGAAAGGUAUGGGCCUGAGCCUGAUGAAGCUGGAUCUGUUUCGCCAGUCUAUACUGCGUUCAGAUGAGGCUUUGAAGGGCACAGGGCUGAAGGUCUCAGACUUGCUUCUGCAUGCAGAUGAGAACACUUUUGAUGACACAGUCCAUGCAUUUGUUGGACUAGCUGCUAUUCAGGUAAGACUGAGUGACUGGGAAAGGGGAGCAUGGACUGUUUUCUAG